AUGGCUCACAAUGGCAACGGCUCUAUUUACCCCCAGAAUGGCGGGCCAGUCUUACCUUCUUCCGCCUCGAAUCGAAUCGAAAAUAGAAAGCCGGAGGAAUGGUGGUACACGGAAAAUGGACGCUCUUACGACACCUUUCGGAGGGGGAAGUAUAUGUUCCCAAUGGAUGAGGACGAAAUGGACAGGAUGGAUAUAUUCCAUAAGUUCUUUCUAGUGGCGCGACAGGAUAGCUCUAACUACGGAGGUCUAUGUCAGCGGCCGCUACCCGCCUAUCCUCGAAUCUUAGAUCUUGGAUGUGGUACCGGUAUCUGGUCGCCAUCAAGGACGAGCCAACAUUCUCGGAUUCCACCGGGUGUCGAGUUUCAGCGGCGUGAUAUCGAGGAUCCCUGGACUGGCAUCGAAGAGAAUUCCUUCGAUCUCAUUCAUAUGAAAAUGCUUGCUGGGGGUAUAGCAAAUUGGACGGCUAUAUACGACCGUGCAUUCAGAUACCUCAAACCUGGUACUGGACUCUUCGAACAUGUGGAGAUUGAUCUUACACCCAAGUCCGCAGAUGGCGAAUUACCCGAGGACUCUCAGCUUCGAAUAUGGGCGCACGAGCUGACCGAGGCUAUGGAGAGGGCUGGGCGACCUAUAACAGCGAACCCCCACACUGUAGGGAUGUUACAGCGUCUCGGCUACGUUGACGUCGAGCAAACAACCAAGCGAAUCCCGUUCAAUUCUUGGCCUGAAGAUGGACAAGAAAAGGAGAUGGGUAUAUCUGGACAGCACGAAGGCCAUCUAUACCCGGCCAACGAGCAUGAUCGCUCCGGCUGUCUGCAACGCAGCCAUUGGACCGGUAUCUAUCUACACGCCACUGGAACCAAGCUUCUGCUCGGUGAUCUCUUGGGCCAUAGCCUACCCUAG